CUAAGGUUUAUGGAAGUGAAUUUCAAUGACCCUAAUGUAGGCAUCAAAAUUAGAAAAGUUUAAAAAGCAUUUUGUGUUUCAAUAUAUGUAGUGUAGAUCUUUGCCAAUUAUUGUGCUCUAGCUUAGGCUGGCAAUAUUAUCUCUUUCUUUCUCAUUAUUUGACUGCUCUACUCUCUUUAUGAAUUAGUUAUUGCUGAUUUUAUGUAGGUGGGACAAGUGUAGCUUAAUUCAUCCAUUAUGCAAAAUUUUGCAUGAAAUGUUUUUGAUAUUUCUGGCAACUCAAAUUGAAAAUAAUGGUUCUGACCAAUCCCAAAAUACCUUGCAAACUAUAUUGAAUUUGAAUAAGAAAUAUAAACAGGGUAGAGGAAAAUCUGAAAGAGAACAAAAAAAUAAAAAAAAGAGUGGAUGUUUUGCUAAUAUGUCCUCAACAGCAAAAAAACACUUAUGUAGUUGACAGGAAAAAUGAAAUUUACAACAAGCUAAGAGUGUUUGUGUCUGUGUUUCUUUGCUUCCAUAGGCCUUUUGGCAGACAUGUCCACGAUUUUGUGUUGUCCUUUUUCAGGUUUUCCUCUACCCUUUGUAUAUGGCCGCUGCCAGCUGUACAAUGGGGAUUUAUAUUUAGAUAGCCUUGGCAUACAUUUGCCAUCACUAUGGAUCUUUCAGCUUCAGAAUCAUAAAGAAAAAAUUGGUACCCUACUAAUAGUCAUAAGAAAUCAUCAUGAAAACAUUAAUUUCAUAUUUUUUAAAAUACCGAUAUGAAAAGAAUUGAAAUUAAAUCUUAGCUUACUUUUACAAUGAACACAUUUAAUAAAAAUUAUGCAUAAUAAAAAUUCUUUGAAAAGUGAGAAGCUCAUUUGCCUAUUUUUUUCUAAUGAAAUGUUUCCAGGAAUUGCAUCAGAUGAAUCAAGGCAUCACUCAAGAACUGUCUGUGACAAUAACAAAAGCUGGAAGGCUGGAUGCUUUGGUAAUGUGGUUCUCACUGCAUCUCAGUGAAACGGCUCAUAUUUCCACACACACGAGCUCAAACAGUUGCUGGGAACAGGCUGUCUUUCCUGCACAUGCUGUCAAAAUUGCACAGUCAACAGGUAGAGAUCAAAAUCCAUAUUUACGGCCAUGUCAACAAAUGUUUUGGCAAUAUGAAGAAAAUCAUGAACUUUGGUCUAAUUUAAUAAACAAAACCAAUGUGUGCCUAUGAGUGUCUUUUGUUUAUGAAAACUCUUAUUGAUGUUAUUUCUAUUUCAGUCGACAAUAUUAUUAUGAGUAAAUAUGAAUGUGUGUGCAUUUGAUUUAAUUUGAACAAGUUUCAAAUUAUUCUUGAUUAAGUAAAAGUCAUUAAAAGUGGUUAUUUUUCAAUUCAUUCCCAUUCAAAUUUGUUUCUUUUCUUUUAGGAUCAAAGGUUAAUUUAAUUCUAAAGCCAGGGGACAAAUUAAAUCUCAUUCAGUGUGUCAAGGGAGCUAAACUCUGUAUAGACGUGAACAGGAUCUCUACAGUUGAUGAAAAUGGCUCUGAUUAUUGCCAGACUACGUCACACAACAUACCAAGGGUAAUUCAACUUGUUGGCCAAUGAAGCUAAUAAGCCUUAUUUUAUGAGGUCCUGGUACUUAGCCAGUGUUUUUAAUGAAAUGAAAUGAGAAUACUAAAAUCUUAUAAGGGAUAUACUGUUCUAAGGAAAAUUUAAUCAAAUUUUAAAAAAUCCCACCAAGUUAUUAGCCAAUAGCUUAGGGUUACCUGGGAUAGAUAUCCAACCUGCUACAGACUGGUUAUGGGAUAAGUGCGCUAAAGGGCUGCCACAAACAAGUUUUUUGCUGUUAAAAUAUUUCAUUGGGAAAAUAUUUAUAGUUGCAAGAAAGUUCUUGCUGUAUUUUUAUGUAAUGAUGUUUGACAAUAAAAAGUUUUUUGUUUUUCAUUUUCCAUUUUCAAUUUGUUACUACUCUAAUCCCGUUAAGAAAAUCUCUUUAAAAGUGUUUUAAAUUUUUUUCCAAGGCUAUGACUACAAAAAAUUAUGUUGUCCAUUUAUUGGUUAGUCACAGAACCAUAAACGGAAGGGAAUUAAAAACCUCUGCUGUUGGGUUGAUUCAAUUUCUGGCCCCAUUUAAAAUAUGACUUCUUUAAAAGAUUUAUGAAUUAGUUGAAGAGCUACUGACUGCUUCAUUAAAAUAAAACUAGAAAAAAUUAGUUUAGAUAAAUAUUACUGUAUUUUGUUCUCUUCCAUCAUUUUCUUAACUCAGAAAAAAAGUUUUCUCUUCAUAGUAAUGUUGGAUCAUUUCAGUUUCUCUCCACCAUUGAGGACUUGUGCAAGCAAAAAGUGUAUUGUUUGAGUAACUCGGAUGUGGUUAACCUCAACAACUCUGGCAUUCAGCAGAUCCUGAAUCAUCAUCUAAGGGAGAUAAUUACACAGACAAAGGGCGGGAAUUUAAAUUUUGUUCACUUAAAUCAUGGUUUCUCACCAAUGUGCAUUCAGGUUAGAAUUACAUACAAAUACUUGCAACAUAUUUCAUGGCUUGAUUAUUAUUAUUUGUAUUUGUAAUGUUGUGCUUACAAAUCAUUGAGUUCAAAGGUUUGGUUCAUUCAUAAGAGGGGAUAUAAGACAUAAAAUAAAAGUCUUAUUUUAGUUACUAACUACUGUAACAUUUUGAGAGUUUCAUCAAAAAAUGGUUCAUUAAUUUCUUCUGACUCACUUAAAAUAUAAAAUUCUCACUAUAGGCAUUGAAGCUGGGAUACCAACGUGGUGUUGCUAUUGCCUGCCAUCCUGUUCACAGUGACUUGCUGCAAGAGAUGGCAACCAGGCACCACGUUGAUUUUGGUAGGCUGAAACUUGUGAGUGAUGUGGAUGAAUUUAUAGAGCUAAUGGAAGGCGACAACACACCACAGACUGGAACAACCAACAACUCACCAAAUUGUCUUGCAAAAAGAAUGACAGAGGACACCUCCCAAACUACACCAGCUGGUUUAAGUGCGGUGGAGCUCAGACUCAGGGAUAACGAUAGAGGUGUUGUGGUAUUGUGUGAUGUAGUGGAUUAUCAGGGACGGAUUGUGGAGAACCUGUCAGAUCAGCUCAAUGUUUUAAAGUAAGUUUUUCUGGGAUGUUUUUUUUUAUUCACUUUUGCGUUAAACUUUUUAUGUAGCACUAUCUCAACAGAGAUAUGUGAAAUGUGUAUAUUUAACAUUAUUACGGGUACAUGAAUUUUAGGAUCAUAAAUAUUUAUGAAAAAUAUUUAUUUUUCUUGUAAAAAGGUUGUUUUCACUGUUUGUCACUUACCGUUAUCCUUAAACUUUGUUAGGGAAGCUUUCUUGUUUUCUUCAGUAAAAAAGAGUCUGGACUAUUGAUAAAAACAUUCCAAGUCCAUCAGUAGAAACUUUCAAAUUUUUUUCUUUUCAUAAAGUCUCAUCCUGCUUGUUUAAAUUUCAAUGCAUUGUUUCUUUGUCUUUUAAUCUAGUUGCUUUACUGAAACGUGAUUUGAGAGUCACAACUUAGUAUUUACUUAACAUAUUUACACCACUGUCUGAGCAAAGAGAAGCAAGUGAACCAUCUUUAUUAAGGAGAACUUCAAUGCCAUAUAGAAUCAUGCCCAAUAACAUAAGUCCUUAUGAUAAUCAAAUCAAAACCAUCUCAUAUCAUAUUGUUGGGGGUGAGUCAAGUUGUUUCCUAUGACUGAGUAACCUUACAGGCAAUAUCUGUUGCUGACAAAAAUCCUUGUCCCUUAUUAAAAUCAUGUUAUCACAUCACUUGAAAUUUAGAGAUGUAUUUAUUCAGUCCUCAUUUGCUGUCAGGUGCUUGAGGCAACACCGACUAAUGCCUCUUCAGUCUAUCUAGUUGCUUCUAAACUUUGUCAACCUUGUGUGUUUUCAAUCAAUGAGUUCUCGAAUUUCAGAUUCUGCCUGUCUGACUAUACAUCCAAGUUUGUCCUGCCUGAGAGUGUGGAAGUCUAUGGUGUAUUGAUUGAGUCACAAGAUCUGCUAUGUCUCAGCAGGAUUCAAUCAGAUGACAACACUUUGGGUUACAAAAUUGGCCAGUUUUUCAACAAGUUUUCAGUAAUGAUUUAGUUUUUUUCUCAACCUAAAGAAAUAAUUAUGUUAUAUAUUAUUUAAGAAAACAAUUAAUUGUAUUCUUCCUUGCACAGUUAGUUCAUCUAUAGUUUUUUUCCCAUUAUCCAUAGUAUUUCUUAGAAUAUAUUUUUACAUUUGCAUUAUGAAAGCAACAAAGCCAGCCAUACUGGCUUAUUGACUUGAAAGCAUUUUAUUAAUUUUCUCCCGGUCUCCCCUAGAAGUUCAAAUUAUGCUAAUUGUACCUGUGGCCAUUUGUUUUUUGCACUUUCAGGAGAUUUUGUACAACAAAUUAAAUAAAUGUCACUUUCUAUUUGACAUUUUAGACCAGGAACUACCAAGGCAUCAUGUUGAGCACAUUAUCUCACACAAAGCUGUCGGAACCCUUCAAAAUGUUCACCUUUAGCCUCAAGAAAAUUUUUGAUGCACCCUGGUCUGAGCCAGUAAGUGAACAGGAGAAGGGUGCUCAAACUACAGCUCAUGGCCCUUCUUCCAAAACAACUCACAAUGAUGGGUCUGAUCAUUCAGAAUGUGUUGAGUUUGACACUGAUGGGUCUAGUCAUUCAGAAUGUGAUAAGUUUGAAAUAAAAUCAAGUUUCUCCAAAACACUUCAUGUCAUUGGUUCCAAUGAUAUUACAACUUCGGACAGUGGUCAGCCAGCCAGUGCAUGUGAGCAGACUAACACUGCCUCAAUGUCCAUAACUGAAAAGCUCUCACCUUCCUCUUGUCAUGAAUGCCCCACGACUGCCCACCCCACAGAUGUGGUGCACAAAAUAACUCAAGUAUAUAAAAAAUCUGAUUGUUCCAUCAAGUGUCAACAUGAGCCUAACAUGACAGAAUCCACGGCUCUGUCUAAAACAGUUGAUACAAAAGACUGUGAACAUCUUGAAAACACCAUUACAGACUUAAACGUAGAAAACAAUAAUGUGAGCCUAGAUUCUUCAAGCAUCUGCUUCUCACCUACUCAGUCCAUAACAUCAAAAUUUGAUUUGAAUGAAUCUGUAAGUUUAAGUAAGCAAGGAUUUGAGGAUCAAGCAAAAAGAAGGAAAAUCAACAGCCAGUCCAAAGAGGAGACAUUUGAACACCCGCAGUCUGAGAAUGAGAAUAUCGACUCUAAGAAUAUGGACCAAACACAGAACUUGAAGGUAAUUUUAGGCAUUUGUGCGUUAAGUAAUUUUUAGUAGUCAUGUUUUUCUUGUGUGGUGAUAUCCUUUUUGUUUUUUUUAUUGUACUCCUCUUGACUACAGCCAGGAAAAGUUUCAAGGCGUCCACACAUGAUUUUUUUCUGACAACUAUUUCUGUUAGGUACCGUAUGGGAAAUCAUGUCAAGCCAAAUAAAUACCAUGCCAAUGAGCUGCUUUUUGAUGACAUUAAUUGUAAUUGAGGUGUUCUUUUGACUUAUUGGCCAGAAAUGGAAAAGUUAUACAACUUUGCAUUUCAUGUCUGAAUUAACAACUAUUAGAAGCUGCAUCUAAAGCCCUAUUUGAAAAUCUGUGCAGAGAGGCUCUGUAUUCAGACCACCGUUCGUAAAUGAUCUGCUAAAAUAAUGGAAACACUAUCAAUUGACUAUCACUAUUUGUAUUACAGAUUCCAAUCAUUCAGACGGGCAGAGUCACAGCUUUAGUCUACUGGUUUGUCCAGCACAUCUCGCCCACAGCCAGUAUCAACACACUUGAUCAACCAUUGUACUGGCAACAGGCCGCUGUAAUGGCCCAACAGUCCCCAAGUGUCCUACAGGGGGAGGUAUUAGGUUUGGAGUGCAGGUUGGGUAACUCUGCCAUAAGCUUUAACAUAAUACAUGAAUGACCUCCCAUACACCCUGGGUAAAAUAUUCAGUCUGUAAUUUCCUAGUGGUAUCCUUCCCAACAGACCAAUUAUGUGCUCAAAGUCAUCUACUAUAGUUCUCCAGAUGCAUUCCUUCCUUUUAAAAGAACCCCCUUGGUGAAUCAAAUCUCAAACAUUAGGUACUUUGACAGAACCUUAAAUUUGUCCUUUUGCCAUAAAUGAUACAGCAAUAACACCAUGUUCUUAUCUUUUAUAGAAGUGGAUUUAUUAUUAUUCCUUUUUUUUUCCUUCUUUUUCAUAUGAAGCUAAAAGUAUUUUUGGUCACAGAAUCAGAAAGAUAAGUUUACAAAAUUUGCACAAAUUAUCCGCUGGAUCCUACCUGUUUGAUAUCUGCU